GAGGCGGCUGGACUACGUGAACCAUGCCAGGAGGCUGGCAGAGGACGACUGGGCAGGGGCGGAGAGCGAGGGCGAGGAGAAGGAGGGGGAGGAUGCGGAGGAAGAGGAGAUGGACGUGGAUCCUGGCAAGAAGUUGCCCAAGCGCUACGCCAACCAGCUGAUGCUGUCUGAAUGGUUGGUUGAUGUCCCCUUGGAUCUGGAGCAGGAGUGGGUCGUAGUGGUGUGUCCCGUCGGGAAAAGGGCGCUAGUUGUGGCAUCCAGGGGCACAACAGCAGCUUACACCAAGAGCGGCUUCUGUGUCAACAGGUUCCCAUCCUUGCUGCCAGGGGGCAACCGGCACAAUUCAACGAAUGAGAAAGUGUACUGCAUCUUGGACUGCAUCUACAACGAGGCAAAGCAGACGUACUAUAUCCUCGAUGUGAUGUGCUGGAGAGGACACCCCGUUUAUGACUGCCAGACCGACUUCAGAUUCUUCUGGCUGCUCUCAAAGAUCCAAGAGGAGGACGGACUGGGAGAGAAAAGCAGGAUUAAUCCAUUCAGAUUCGUGGGCCUGCAGAACUUCCCCUGCACCUCGGACAGCCUGUGUAAGGUGCUGGCUAUGGACUUCCCCUUCGAGGUCGAUGGACUUCUCUUCUAUCACAAGCAAACCCACUACACCCCCGGCAGCACCCCGCUGGUGGGCUGGCUCCGGCCUUACAUGGUACCCGAAAUCCUCGGGCUCGCCGUCCCCACCACCGCGCUCACCGCCAAACCACACUAUGCUGGGCAUCAGCUCCAGCAGAUCAUGGAGAGCAAGAAGAGUAAAAAACUGGCAGCAGGAGAGGGUGACCCGAGCAGCGCGGCGGCUGCGAGGAACGGACAUUACGAGCUGGAACACUUGUCUACCCCUCAGCCAGCAAACUCUCUGGAGGGCCAGGAUGAAGCAGUGAGCCAGAUGGAGAAUUAGGCUGCUGGGACAGAGCAGUUGGGUAAGGAGAAAGCAAAAGGUUCCCCGCUUCUUGCUGUCACUC